AGCAGCUAAUGUUGAGAUAUAACGCCCCAAAGAAUUGACAUUCAACAAGGACACAGCUUACAGGGAUGGAAAUACUACUCAGCUCCGAAGAGGUGAUACACCAUGAAUCCUCAAAGGCUGACAUCAAGGCACUGAGCAAGGGCAGACACCUGGCUUCACAGAGUAAAACUGUGGAGACACUGUGGACCUUUCAGGAGGAGAGUGAAUCGAAUGAUGAAGGACAGCAGUGCAGGAUGUUUAAUGAACCAACUCACCCAAAGGUGACUGAGAGACAAGCACUGAAUUCUGAACAAUCAAUCCCUUCUGUGGAGCAGGCAACGAACGGGAUAUUGUCUGGACUCAGCCGAGGCCCUGUGACCCAGUAUCUCAUGGCACAUGCCAAGGAGAGCGACUUUCAAGAGAAAGAGCAUUGUGAGUUUACCAGUGAGAGUGAGGUGAGCAAUGACAAUGUCAGUAACUGCAAUGUUUUACAAACACUGCUGAUGGCAGCUGAAGCUUCAGUGACUCUUGUUGUUCCUCCUGCAACCAGUGACCCUACUAUGUCUCAACAGGAACGAUCCAACUGGGACCACCCAACAUCAACGGCUACAACACAAGCCACCCAGGCGGAGAGCUACUGUCAUUCCCAGAAAAAUCCCUCAGCCAAUGAGACAAAUAGUAGGCUGGUAAAGAGUGGAGCAUGCAGUUCAGUAGAGUCCCUGCUGGUCCUUGAUGAUGGAGCUCUUCUAUCUGUUAUAGAGAAAGAUGGGGGACAGCACACAGGAGCCAAUUCCUUGGCCAGAGAUGAAAGAUGUCAGGCCAUGUCUGCUGCAACAGGAAGUAAACUUGGGGAAGAUAAAAAUGAGCACAAAAUGCCUGUGCUGCCUGAUAAUACGUGUGACACAGUCUUGCAUGUGACAAUGGAUAGUGAGGAACAGGAAUGUCCUGUUUGUAUUGAACUGUAUGACUCUGGCACUCACAAGCAGGCUUUGCUGAACUGCAACCACAGCUUUUGUGACAGCUGUGUGAAGAGCAUUAUGGAGAAGGCAGCAGUGAGCAACACAAGCCAGAUCUGCUGCCCAAUCUGUCGCCAGAGAACUCCAAUGCCUGAGUGGGAGAUCCGUCAGCUUCAGGAAGAGAUGACGUGUUUAAAUGGGGCAGUGGCUGGCAGACUGGUCAUGAUGCCCACACCCCCAGCCCCACAGGAAAGACCAUGCAUGAGGCUGGAGCAGACCUUCCGCCAACGUUUGUUCACCACCCGGAGGUGUGGCUACUUGCCAUGCCUGCAAUACCCAUUGUGGCUGGUAAAUGCAUUAGCACAGUGCGACCAGACAUCACCGUAUUGUUACCUCUGCUCCAUUCUCCUCCUGUAUGGGCUGGAGUUACUGUGUCUUUCUCUCAUCUUCACUCCUGUGAUUAUACUAAUCUUACUCUUCACAUUACUGGACAAAGAAUGAGCUGAUGGGAACAUGGGUCAUAGACCCAGUCAUCUACAAUUAAUAUACCUGCAUUAAAAUGGGGCAAUGACAGUCUGUAAACAGUGCAAACCAAUGCUAGACCUGAAUAAAACAUUGGAAAUCACAGGGGAUGGAAUAUAACCUGGAGGGAGGAGGAGCCCAGAGGCAUUAGGAGUAGAGCAGAUGGAAUCAGAUGUUGGGAUUAGGCUGUGAUGGAACCAGUUGGAUUAGGCAUUGGAGUGACCAGGAACUGUUUGAAUUGGGAUUUAGAGUAAGUAGGAGUUGAUGGAUUGGGUAUUGGAAUGAGCAGGAGGCAGUUGAAUUGGUGAUUGGGGUGCACAGGAGCUGGUUGGAUUAUGGAUUGGGAUGAACAGGAGUUGGUUGGAUUGGGGUGAACAGGAGCUGGUUGGAUUGGGGAUUUAGAGUGAACAGGAGCUGGUUGGAUUGGGGAUUGGGGUGAACAAGAGCUGGUUGAAUUGAGGACUGGGGUGAAUAGGAGCUGGUUGGAUUGGGGAUUGGGGUGAACAGGAGCUGGUUGGUUUGGGGAUUGGGGAGAACAGGAGCUGGUUGGUUUGGAGAUUAGGGUGAACAGUUUCUAGUUGGAUUGGGGAUUGGGGUGCACAGGAGCUGGUUGGAUUGGGGUGAACAGGAACUGGUUGGAUUGGGGAUUUAGAGUGAACAGGAGCUGGUUGGAUUGGGGAUUGGGGUUAACAGGAGCUGGUUGGAUUGGGCAUUGGAGUAAGCAGGAGCAGGUUUGAUUGGGAUUUAGAGUGAACCGGAGCUGGUUGGUUUAGGAAUUGGGAAGAACAGGAGCUGAUUGGAUUAGGGAUUGGGGGAGCAGGAGCUGGUUGGAUUGUGGAUUGGGAUGAGCAGGAGCUGGUUGGAUUGGGAUUUAGAGUGAACAGGAGCUGGCUGUAUAGGGGAUUGGGAAGAACAGGAGCUGGUCGGAUUGGGAUCGGUGGGAGCAGAAGCUGAUUGUUUCCAGCCAUUGUUUCA